CGAGCGGCGGCCGCGGCCUCCCCUGCUUGCGGUGACCCCCGUCGAUCCCGGGGCCCGCGCCCCCCCUGGGGCAGGGAUGCAUCAUGGCCACGCUGGCCUGCCGGGUGCAGUUCUUGGACGAUACGGACCCUUUCAACAGCACCAACUUCCCCGAGCCCAGCCGGCCGCCGCUGUUCACGUUCCGCGAGGACCUCGCGCUCGGCACCCAGCUGGCCGGGGUCCACCGACUGCUGCGGGCGCCGCACAAGCUGGACGACUGCACCCUGCAGCUCUCCCACAAUGGUACUUACCUGGACUUGGAGGCCACCCUGGCCGAGCAACGGGACGAGUUAGAAGGCUUCCAGGAUGACGCUGGGCGGGGCAAGAAGCACAGCAUCAUCCUAAGGACACAGCUGUCUGUGAGGGUCCAUGCCUGCAUUGAAAAACUAUACAACUCCACUGGACGAGAUUUAAGAAGGGCCCUCUUCUCCCUGAAGCAGAUAUUUCAGGAUGACAAGGAUUUGGUGCAUGAAUUUGUAGUGGCUGAAGGUCUGACGUGUUUGAUCAAGGUGGGAGCUGAGGCAGAUCAGAACUAUCAGAACUACAUUCUGAGGGCUUUGGGCCAGAUUAUGUUGUACGUGGAUGGGAUGAAUGGAGUAAUAAACCACAAUGAAACCAUUCAGUGGCUGUACACUCUCAUUGGGUCAAAGUUCCGCCUGGUGGUGAAGACAGCCCUGAAGCUGCUGCUGGUCUUUGUGGAAUACUCGGAGUCCAAUGCACCUCUCCUGAUUCAGGCCAUCUCUGCUGUGGACACAAAAAGGGGAGUCACACCCUGGUCAAAUAUCAUGGAAAUCCUGGACGAAAAGGAUGGGGUCGACACGGAAUUGCUGGUUUACGCGAUGACUUUAGUGAACAAGACCUUGUCCGGUUUGCCAGACCAAGACACCUUCUACGACGUGGUGGACUGCCUGGAGGAGCUGGGCAUUGCGGCCGUGUCCCAGCGGCACUUGACCAAGAAAGGGACUGACCUGGACUUAGUGGAGCAGUUGAACAUCUAUGAGCUGGCGCUCCGGCUGGAGGAUGGGGAUGAGACAGCAGAGCCACCCCCCAGUGGGUGCCGUGACCGCAGGCGGGCCAGCGUGUGCUCCGGAGGCACCGGCAGUGAGUCCCGGGGCCUGGACCGCAGGCGGAGCCGCAGGCACUCGGUGCAGAACAUCAAGAGCCCCUUGUCGCCCCCGUCCAGCCCCUGCUCCCUGACGGCUCCUGACUUCAAGCCCAGUCAAGUGCGAGAUCUCCGGGAAAAGGUUGAGGAGGAGGAGGAGGAGGAGCAGCCAGUCACGGAGCCCAAUUCAGAGGAAGAGAGAGAGGACGAUGCCCCCUGUCAGGGCAAGGACAGCAGCAGCGAGGCCCACCCUGCCUCUGAGGUCGCCACCGCCACCGGAACGGAUGCAGCCCUUGCCGCUGCCUCGCCGGGAACGCCGCUGCCGGCCAGUGCUGCGGCGGGGACCCCCUCGGACAGAGCGUCCUCGGGGCCCGCCCUGCGGCCGCCCCCCAGCCCCACCCCGGCCUCUCGGCCCUCCACUGCACCUGCUCCCCCGAAGGCGUCUCCUAGCAGAGAAAAGCUGCCCUACGUGCCCCACAGCCCCUUCCACCUCUUCUCCUAUGACUUUGAGGAUUCGCCCUUGUCCACCAAGGAGAAGGAAGCCGAGUCCCAGCAGGAAAGCAGUUCCUCUGAUUCUCUCCAUCUGAGCACCUAUUCUGCCUCCGAGCCUUACAACUUCCGGUCUUUCUCUUCCAAUAGAUACAGCAGCUUUGGCAACAACUCUCAUCACUCCUCGAGACCCUCAUCUGGAUCCAGCGUGCCCACCACCCCCACGUCAUCCCUCUCGCCCCCACAGGAGGCCAGGCCUGAAAGGUCAUCACUGAGUGGUCUUCUCACGUCAUCCUUUAGGCAGCACCAAGAGUCCUUGGCAGCAGAGAGAGAGAGGCGGCGACAGGAGAGGGAGGAAAGGUUGCAGAGAAUAGAGCGAGAGGAAAGAAACAAAUUCAGCCGAGAGUAUUUAGACAAAAGAGAAGAACAAAGACAAGCAAGAGAAGAAAGAUACAAAUACUUGGAGCAGUUGGCAGCUGAGGCGCAUGAGAAGGAGCUGAGAAACCGGAGUGCGAGCCGGGGCAGAGCUGACCUCUCCUUGGACCUGACCUCACCGGCAGCCCCCGCCUCCCCCGCCCCCCUGGGUCAUAGCCCUUCAUCUCUAGACUCGCAGGAGGUUCCCACGGUAUCAUCCUCCUCCCCAGGAACGCCUCAGCAUCCCCAAGCCAGCGCCGGGGAGCCUGGGCCUGAACCGGAGGCAGACGUGGAGGCAGAGGUGGGGCAGGUGGCCGAUGAGGCCAGCCAGGAGCUAGCGCCUGCCGGAGUGGGAGCCGAGAGCGAGGUGGAGCGGGCCCUGGAGCCCGAGCACGAGGAGCGAGCCUCCCUGAGUGAGAAGGAGCGGCAGAAUGAGGCGGUGAACGAGCGUGACAACUGCUCGGCCUCCAGCGUCUCAUCCUCCAGCAGCACGUUGGAGAGGGAGGACAAGGAGGACAAGCUCUCCCGGGACAAGGGCACAGGUUUGUGGUCCGCGGGUGUUCAGGAUGCCGGCGUAAGCGAGCGGUGUGGCGACAUCCUCACCGGCAGGCGGUUCAUGCUGGACAUGCUGUAUGCCCAUAACAGAAAGCCCGCGGAUGGCGAGGAGAAGGGGGAGGGCGAGGCCGCGAGGGCCGCGCAGGGGGCAGAGGCGCUAGCCAGUCUGGCUAGCCGGAUAUCCACCCUGCAGGCCAGUUCCCUGGCCCAGGAUGAGAGCGUCAAGAGGGUGGACGUUGGCUGUCUGGACAACCGGGGCAGUGUGAAAGCCUUCGCGGAGAAAUUCAACAGUGGGGACCUAGGGAGGGGGUCCAUCUCCCCUGACGCGGAGCCCAAUGACAAGGUUGCAGAGAAGACAUCAGCUCAGCCCAAGACGGAAUCUGACUACAUCUGGGACCAGCUCAUGGCCAAUCCCAGGGAGCUCAGAAUCCAGGACAUGGAUUUCACUGACCUGGGUGAGGAGGAUGACAUUGAUGUCCUGGACGUGGACCUGGGUCACCCGGAGGCCCCAGGGCCACCUCCCCCGCCCCCACCCACCUUUCUGGGUCUGCCGCCCCCACCCCCUCCACCCCUGCUGGACAGCGUGCCUCCCCCUCCAGUCCCCGGUAAUUUAUUGGCUCCCCCUCCAGUAUUCAACGCUCCUCAGGGCUUAGGGUGGCCCCAGGUACCCAGGGGUCAGCCAGCAUUCACCAAGAAAAAGAAGACCAUCCGUCUGUUCUGGAACGAAGUCCGGCCUUUUGAGUGGCCGUGUAAGAACAAUGGCCGCUGCAGAGAAUUCCUGUGGUCGAAACUGGAACCCAUUAAGGUGGACACCUCCAAGCUGGAGCACCUGUUUGAGUCUAAAUCGAAGGAACUGUCCGUCUCUAAGAAAACGGCUGCAGAUGGAAAAAAGCAGGAGAUCAUUGUCCUGGACUCCAAGAGGAGCAAUGCUAUUAACAUUGGCCUGACGGUCCUGCCCCCUCCAAGAACGAUUAAGAUAGCCAUUUUGAAUUUUGAUGAAUAUGCCUUAAACAAAGAAGGGAUUGAGAAAAUUCUAACCAUGAUUCCCACGGAAGAGGAGAAGCAGAAGAUUCAGGAAGCACAGCUGGCCAACCCUGAGGUGCCCCUGGGCAGCGCAGAGCAGUUCCUCCUGACACUCUCCUCCAUCAGCGAGCUCUCGGCACGGCUCCACCUCUGGGCAUUCAAAAUGGAUUAUGAAACUACAGAAAAGGAAGUGGCAGAACCACUUUUGGACCUGAAGGAAGGAAUAGACCAGCUGGAGAACAAUAAAACCUUGGGCUUUAUCCUGUCUACUCUCUUAGCCAUUGGGAACUUUCUAAAUGGAACUAAUGCCAAAGCGUUUGAGUUAAGCUACCUCGAGAAGGUUCCAGAAGUCAAAGACACGGUGCACAAGCAGUCACUUCUCCACCACGUGUGCACCAUGGUGGUGGAGAACUUCCCGGACAGCUCGGACCUGUACUCGGAGAUCGGGGCCGUCACGAGGUCAGCCAAGGUUGACUUUGAUCAACUUCAGGAUAAUUUAUGUCAGAUGGAGAGACGAUGCAAAGCUUCAUGGGAUCACCUCAAGGCAAUUGCAAAACAUGAAAUGAAACCAGUUUUAAAACAGCGAAUGUCAGAGUUCCUAAAAGACUGUGCAGAGCGGAUUAUAAUUUUAAAAAUUGUCCAUAGGAGAAUAAUCAACAGGUUCCACUCCUUUCUCCUCUUUAUGGGCCACCCACCAUAUGCAAUUCGGGAAGUGAACAUAAACAAGUUCUGCAGGAUCAUCAGUGAGUUCGCACUGGAGUACCGCACCACCAGGGAGAGAGUUCUGCAGCAGAAACAGAAACGGGCCAACCACAGAGAGAGAAACAAGACCCGGGGGAAGAUGAUCACUGAUACUGACGAAGAAGACGAAGUCGAGUCUGGCAAGUUCUCCAGCGGUUCCCCGGCACCCCCGAGCCAGCCGCAGGGCCUGAGCUAUGCAGAGGAUGCUGCUGAGCAUGAGAACAUGAAGGCUGUGCUGAAGACCUCGUCCCCGGCCGUGGAGGACGCCACCCCGGCGCUGGGCGUCCGCACCCGCAGCCGCGCAAGCCGAGGAUCCACUAGUUCCUGGACUAUGGGCAUGGAUGACUCGCCUAAUGUCACGGAUGAUGCCGCUGAUGAGAUCAUGGACCGCAUCGUCAAGUCGGCCACCCAAGUGCCCAGCCAGCGAGUGGUGCCGCGGGAGAGGAAGCGCUCCCGCGCCAACCGGAAGUCUCUGCGCAGGACCCUGAAGAGCGGCCUGACUCCGGAAGAAGCGCGGGCCCUGGGCCUGGUGGGCACCUCAGAGCUGCAGCUGUGACCCCCACGGUGCCCUCAGAGGCGUGUCUGCGCCGAGUGCAAGCUCCUGCUGGUGGGGAGCCCCUCCGGUGGGAGGUGUGGAGACUCUAACGCCUGAAGCUUCUGAAGGUGGGGCACGCAUGUCUCGGUGUCACCGCCCGGCUUGUGACUCGGAUCCCGACGUCCCCUUCCUGUACUUUCUUCAUCGUGUCUGCUGUGUGUCUCUUCUUUCCUUGACACCUGGCUUAGUAGUUCCAAAAGUGUGACACCUUUUCUGUGCCAGGAGCAGCCCCUUUGCAGGAGCAGAUCACUUCACAGUUACCGUGGUCAUGAGGCAGUUUGGUUAGGUUCACAGACCGGGUCCCUCCACAACACCAAAACAUGCAGAUGUCAACUCCAAAAAAGAAAGCACAGAUUGUUUACUGGUUGUGGAUUUUAGAUGUACUAUUAAUAAAUGUUUAUAUAAAUUCAUAAAUGUACACCCUGUUUCAAAUACUAAAUAAACAGAGUUUAAUGCCGUAACUGGAAACCUUUAUUCUCCUGCAUAGAACCUUUAAUAGCUCCAUAGGCUCGGCUCCUUCUGGAUCCACAAAACCUCUUCUCAGGCUCAUGAGAAGGACCCUGACUCCGUAUGGCCUCCAAGCCCUUUGGAUUUCCUUUUAUUUGUUAACUGAGUGAGAAACGCUGACGUGUGCUCUUUGUAACUCCAGAUUAAUUAGGCACGGUCUUCCUGGCAGUACAAGUUAGCAAUAACCUCCCAUGUAUCACCUUGCCCGCAUGCUUUGUUUUUGCUCCUUUUUGAUGCUGAAGCAAAAACUAGAGUAGCGUUUAAAAAAUGUGAAUUCUGCAACUCACUCACUGGCCUCUAAUGUAAAAAUUCAUUUUCUCAAAGAAUUUACUAAGUCACCAAAAGAAAAACGA